UCAGCGCACCCACUGGAGCAACCGCGUCCGCCCGUUCCAGCUUCAGAGUAUGGCGUGGAGAAGGUGAAAGAAGUGGUUAUCGAAGUUCCCGUAAAGAAGCCAUCGAAGCCGAUCCGACCCAUCGUGGUGGAGGAGGCCAAGCCGGUGCAGGAGCAGGGUCUGAAGUUCCCCUCGUACGUGCGUCCGGACCAGCUCGACAGACAACCCGUGCCCCCGCCCGUGGAGAAGACCGAGUCAUCUGCGCAACUCCUGCAAGAUUUCCUGGCCCAGCAGGCGAGUAGCCCGGAACUGCCACCCAUCCUGCUCUCCGACCACGACGCCAGCGAGCGUAUUCCUCUUCCCGACGAGGACAUCCUCGGCACCCGAACUCCCGUACUCCAGAACUACCGCGCCCUGCUGACGCCGGCCGCCAGCUCGGCGACGAAGGGCUUCUACCAGGGACAGUACAGCUACGGGAGCUUCCGGCAGCAGCAGCAGCAGCCCCCGCGCCCGCGGUUCAACCCGAACUUCGUGAUCAGCGGCGAGCUGACCGUGCCCCGCGCAGGCUACACCGAGACUUACGUCGCGAGAUUGGACGCCGCUACCGGAUCAUCCCGUGUAGACUACUACGGCGGAGCCACCGUCGCGUUCAAGAACCCGGUGGCCGACGGCAGCUUACAGCGCUUGGCGGUGCGCGUGGACAAGACCGGCGAGAAUACCAGGCGGAUCUGCAGCAUGGCCAGCUCCCUCGCCCCCGCCCACGAGGAUCUGCGGAACCCCGCACUGCCCGACCUCGAUCUGUUCGCCUUCAUCGGAUACAACCAGACCGAGGGCGGUCGUGUGGAGCACUGGGGAUACGUGAACUCCGGUCGGCCGGGUGAACUCGGCGGCGCGGCGGGCGAGGCCCUCACCUUCCACCACGACCUGUACCUGGUGCGCGCACAGAACGAUAUCGCCAUCCCACUCUCAUACAAGGUGACAGUGGACAGCUCGGUGCUGGGCGCGGCCACCGACGGGUACGAGCACCGCUACUACGUCACCGAGGAGAGCCAGCGCGAGAACAAGUUCUACAGCCCCAACCUGAAAAUGAUAUGCGACGUCGAGGAGACCCUCAACGCGACGAACGCCGACGACGCUGCGCGCCUCAACCCCCUGCGCGAGUACACGAUGCCGGCCAGGGACCUGCGAUACGACAACAUCUUCUCAAAGUUCCAGACCGAGUACGGCCGCCAGUACAUUGACAACGUGGAGGAGGCGGUCCGUAAGAACCUCCUGAUCCAGCACGACCGCUUCAUCGCGUCCGGCAAUCGCGAGGGAGCUCCCUCCCUGCUGGCCAAGAACUUCCUCACCGACCGCCUGAACAAGGAGAUCGGGAAGCUGGCUGGAGUACAACCCGAACCCGAGAACUUCAAGUCUGAACCUUUCCCCCACGAGAGAUCCACCCUCCGCGCGGCCGAGUCUAAGCUGCCGAAGAAGUUCGACUGGCGUCCCCGCGGUGCCGUGUCUCCUGUCAAAUUCCAGGGCGCGUCGUGCAGCUCGUGCUGGGCGUUCAGCGUGGCGGGCGCGGUGGAGGGCGCGCUGUUCAUCCGCCGCCGCGAGCUCGUGCCGCUCUCCGUGCAGUGCCUCGUCGACUGCUCCAACAAGUUCGGAACCAAGGGCUGCGGCAGGAGCUGGCCGAGCCACGCCUACGACUACGUGCAGAACAUCGGUCUGCCGGCCGAGGCGGAGUACCCUGCGUACAAGCAGAAGGCUGAGAAGUGUCAAGACAACAGCAUCCCCGCCGUGACGCGCAUCAGCGCGCACGUCAACGUCACCGCCAACAGCGUACCCGCGCUUAAGAUCGCGAUCAAGAAACACGCCCCCACUCUAGUCAUCGUGGACUCCUCCUGCAAGAGCUUCCAGUUCUACAAGUCCGGAUACCUGUACGACGACAAAUGCUCGAAGGGCCCGAAGAAGCUGGAUCACGCCGUGCUGGCGGUGGGCUGGGGCGAGAAGAAGGGCGAGCAGUACUUCAUUCUGAAGAACUCAUGGUCGGAGGCGUGGGGCAACAAGGGCUAUAUCAACGUGCACGGGCCCUCCAACGCCGCGGGCGUGCUGGCCAAGCCCUCCUACCCGCGCCUGGAGGACUCCGACGUCAUCAGGGACGUGGGCAAGAAGGCCGAAGCCAAGGUCAAGACGAGAGACCUCGACCUCGACGACGACUAUGACGACAGGGAUUAAGU